UGCUGGCAGUUGCGGUGUGACAGGUUCCUCUGCUAAAGGCUUAUGGGAAUUGUAGUCCAAGAAGCGGACAGACGCCUGUCAAUCAGUGGGGGCGGGAUGGAGUUAGCGGCUUGGCCCCAGAGUGCUUUGCGCUUCCAGAAAGGAAUGAUUGGCAGGAGCAGCGCACAUGUGACGGGCGCGGUGUGUGCGAUCGCCCCCUUGCGGUCAGGCCUGGGAACAGCAGGAGCUCUCCCCGUGUUAUUUACAGCGGGACUCCGGGCGAGACUGAGGGCCGCUCACUGACAUCCGGGCAUGGCUGGCUGCGGGGCGCCCACUCUGUAAGGCACCUAUGGGGGAUGCACACUCUGAUUUCUCUAUAUAAUCCCCUGAUGCUUAGUCACUUGUGGACUGCAUGACCCAGAAGAUGGACAACCCUUUGCUUUCCCAGUUUAUUAGCAGAAUAAACAGCGCUGGUUCCUCCUCCCAAUCCAAACUGUACAGCAGCUGGUCAGUGUGUGAGGAUGACUGCUUUAAGGCGUCCAACUCCGAAUGUAGGGAUAAAAGCAUGCUCCUGAAUUUCCCCCCUGACAUCCAAGGCCAAGCAGAGGCGAAUGGCUUACUCUCUCAUAUUCCAGAGGAGCCCAGCAAAGGGGAAGCCACGACAGACUGGGAUUUGCUGGCCAGGUUGUUCCCGCCAUUAUGGGCUUCUCAGGCCGAUGACCAGAGAGAAUUCUCCAACUUUCUCCCCAAUCACUUUCCACACAAUUCCGACUUGCCAAAUGUCAGCAAUACCCAAAGUUACGCAGAGCAAAGCCGAUGCUUGCCGGACAUGGAGAGCAUCCAGAAGGGGUUUCAAGACCUCGGGCUUCUGGAAUCUUGGGUCUCUAACGCGGAAUCGUGCAGCCCGCACAUGGAGGACAUCCUUAAAGACGUUUACAACGAGAAUCCCAUCUUGCAGUUGAACUCGGCACUUCAGCAAAUCGAGGGGCCGAACAAAUCCGUGGGCGAUUACUUCAAGUACAAAAACUAUGUCGCCAACAGCGCCAAUAACUACAACAACGCCCAGAAGAGGGUCAAGGAAUACUCCGGCCUGGAGAAGCCAGGGUGGAAAAGCGACCGAGGGAAAGGGAAGUUCCCCAAGAGCAAUGCCAACGGUCAGAGCCACUUCUCGCUCGGCUCGAGAGACGAUUGGAGCAAAGAGAAAUACCCUAAAGGGUACGACUAUAUGAAGCCGCCAAUGAGCAUGAAACAGUCAACCUACAAUUACAAUCAGCCGUUCCCAAAAGAUAGAGGUUUCCAGAAUGCCGGGCCGUGGAAACCCUACAACGAGGGGCCGGACAACCGUUAUAAUAACUUCCCGGCAGCCGGGCCCUACGAUUGUUACGAGACUUCCACUCACCGGAGUUUUACAAAGAGCCCUGAGUUUGAAUCCCAUGUGAGUCAUAAUGAGAAUAUUCACCUUUCUAGCAAGGGCCCCCGGUGGUUGGAUAGGGACGCUGCCAAACAGGCACCAAGCUCUCUCCCUUCUCCGGUGAGCUCCACCUUCUCUGAUGGCUCCCCGACUCACCACUCUCGCCCAGCCAGCUACUUCUCUCACGUGUCUCCCCCGGGACACGCAAGCAAAGACAGUUCUGCCCAAAUCAACGGUUCUUCUAGUAAGAUGUCGGCCUUUUCUAAUUUCGGAGACCAUGACCAAAGACUUGGCAAUCCCUUUGGUAACCCGUCCCCGAAGAAAGAAGGGGGGAACCGAAAAAUGCCCCCCGUUUUCCAACCUGCCUGGCCACAUCAGCAGCAAAGCCCUGUUCAGAACAACACUGAGAAGUUUCACAGGCCCCCCAAAAAACACAGCCCACAAAAUAAUGGGAAUCCCGAUAAGCGGGGGAAAAGAAACUGGAAUGUCCAAGGCGGUGCGCGACAGGCGCCUCAGCAAUAUAACGCCUUCCCGCGGAAGUCCGACGCCAGCGUUGGCAAUAUCUCGGACUUCAUCAACGCAUCAUUUCUUCCAUCUUUUUCCUCCGUGUCCGACUUCAAGCAGAACCCGAAUUUUUCCUCGUUGAACCCGCAAGCUUUCUCUCCGCAGGGCAAUAUGACCCUGCCUCCUCCUCCGUUUCCUUUUUCCGAUCUUAUAGAUCUGUUCCACUAUGAAGAUAUCAACCACCUGAAUCCGUUUCUAAGUGAUUUGUUAUGUGGAGACCUUUCCCCGCAGUACUUUGCGUUCCCCACGCCAUUUAACCGAUAUCGCCCGCCGAGGAACCGAAGUGGCCCUGCCAAUGAGCUUCACAUCCAGCUCGAAGAAAGCUGCGAGCAAUGGAGAGCUCUUGAAAAAGAACGCAAAAAGACUGAGGCCGACCUUGCCCGUAACUUCCCAGGAAAUAGAGUUUCCAGCUCUUACAGCUCCAGCAUACCCAAGCUCCCAACAAAUCCAUCCAGAGUUGACCGUUUAAUUGUGGAUCAGUUAAGAGAACACUCUAGGGCACUGUCUUUAGUCAAAACGAUGGAAAAAAUCUGCGGUGGGGCUCUCCAUAUGAACAUCACGCUGGCUCUGGAGCAUCACUUGGAGGCCAUUCAUUUGACGCAAGCGCGGCGCAAGGAUGAGAUUGUCAAUGCGGCCAAUCGGCAGAAGCAAGGGGCACCCAGAUACAAUAAUGAGAAAGAUGUUCUUGCCUUGGCAGCUGCUAUCAAAGAAAUGGUGGCCUCGACACGGAAAGCCCGAACCGCUUUAUGGUGCGCCCUGCAAAUGACGCUGGCAAAGUCCCCAUCCGGCGUUGCGGCGAGGCAGGAGGAUGUCGAGAGGGCCUUACAGGAGCUCUGUCCCAAAAACCAGCUGGGUUCAGAUGCCGACAUCGCUAAGGAUAUUAAAGACGGGAAAAAAGAAAGUGUUCAGUUGCGUUUUCCAAGUUCCGACGACUAAUGUCGAAGGUUCCCCGCUGCCAUGGAGGGAGUGGAAUGUAUUAAACUGCGGGCGGCGCCAUUAUCUGGCAAGUUACCGGUUGCCCGACGUUGUGUUGGCCUUUAGUGCAUAGCAGUUUCUAACGGUUUUGUAUAUGCAUCUUCUACAACAUUUCGUUAUGUAGUAACAGCCUUUUGGGUCGGGCAUCUCCUUACUCAAAAAGCAACGCGUUUCGCCCCCUUUUUUUAAUUUGCAAGUGCUGUCGUGGUCGCACACUGUGUUUGCACGGGGGGGUGGAACAUAUGCGGUUCUGCUUGUGUCACUGUGAUCCCUGCUGCAUCACUAGGAUUCCCGACACCUUUAUAUCCAAUACAGAUUUAUCUUUCUAUGUAUAUAGUUUUAUUGUCCCCACCGCCCUUGCCAAAGAUAGCAAGUAAAUCAUCAAACUGUGAUUUGUAGUUCAGCAACACCCUGGGAGGGGUAAUGGCUGGCCUCUUAUGAGGCUGCUGCAGGUACCUUUCAGUUGCCCCAUAUUUAUGUUGCAUGUAAUAUGUCUAUAAGUCUUGCUGUCUGGCACUCACACGGUUAAUCAUUUUGCUGCUAGAGGGGCAUGGUUGUUAUAAUCGGCUCACAUCGUACCAAACAGUCCCGUUUCAGCCUGUUGCCGGCCUACAUUUCCCAGCAUGCCCUACCAGCACGCUGGGACUUGCAUUUCUGCAACGGUUCUAUACAUUUAUAUAAGCUUUCCGCAACGACACGGCUAUUUCUGUGUAAUACUGUGUAAUAUAGCAAAUAGUGCAUUAUAGCCGCUAUCCCCCACGGGACUCUGUAUUAAUCGUACCCCCCCUCCCCUCCGACCUGUGAUUUACACGGACAACUUACAAACUCAUCACUCAGGAUUUAUCAGAUGUAUUUUUUUUUUUUUUUGUUGUUGUUGUCGUUUUAGGUUGCACUUAAUCGAGACAAAUAGAGUUUAGUAGCCGGCGAGAUAACCAUUAAUUUAAAGGAAAAUGCGUUUUUCGGUAUUUAUUAUUUUUUGUAAGGUUCUAUUUUACUAGAUUAAUCUAUGGGGUUUUUGUUCUGUUACUUCUAGCAAUGUAUUAUACUCAGGAAACAAGUCUAUUGUGUGUGUGUGUGUGUGUGUGUGUGUGUGUGUGUGUGUGUAUACACUAAUGACACUAGGUUUAGGGAGGGGCGUGAAGUGAAUUUUCACCACCGUAGUUUUUAGAUUACCAAAGCGCUUGAUCUUUUUGGCGGCACAACAUUGCGUUCAUUUUACCUGUUUGUGUGGUUUCAUUUCUUUAUUUUUUGCCUUUUGUGUCUUCUCAUGUGGCUUGGACAAUCACGUCGUCUUUGUUAAUGUGAAUGUAUCGGGGUCCCACACGGGGGCGUGGAACAACGGUCGCCGACCAAGGGCCAAGCUUCCGCCUCUCUGCGUUCUAGAUAUAGGGGUCCAUUCAUUACACUUAGGGGCCUUUCUAUUAAAGUACGAU